UACAUAAACAAAUAUGGCCGCACGCAGUAACGCGAGCCAUGGAAUCUUGUAGAAUAUUUAUUUUCAGUUUAUUGCUUCUAACUGGUGUCAUUGCAGAUGAACAUUUGGCAUCACAGUUGAAGGCUGAAGGAUAUGAAAGGACGAGAUGUGGUUAUUCCUUGACAACACUGUGGACAGCAGAGCUAGCCCACUCUCCUUUUGCCUCGGCACCAUUGAUAGCAGAUGUGAACGGUGAUGGCUCUUUGGACAUUGUAGCUACCCCUUUUAGUGAGAGCAUGUCUGUUAUUGAUGCUCAAACAGGAAAAGUCUUGUCAGAUUCUAAAUGGCCAGCCCUCAACCUGGAUAGCUCCAUUUAUGCCAGUCCUCUUCAGUUUGAUGCUGAUGCUGAUGGCAUGCUGGAUCUGCUGUUUACAAAGUCCUCUGGAGAGUUACUGUUCUACAAACCAGAUGGAUCAAGAUUUAAACACAAAAGAUAUCAGGUUGCCCCUGUUUAUGUGUCGAGGGACUGGCAUCGGGAUAUGAUAUCUGUACAUCACAAUGACAUCGACAAAUACAUUCUUAUUGAUCCACAGAGUGUGCAGGGUGACCAGUACAUUGCGGUGGACCCCCACAUCCUAGCCACACCAGUUCUAGCAGACCUGAAUAGUGAUGGACGACUGGAGGAACUGGUGAUUCCAGUGUCCUACUUUUACGAGGAGGAGGAUUACAGGUUUCCUCAGCAGCUCGAGAAACACAAGAUGACUAACUUCACUGACUUAGAGCGAUAUGUUGUGGCUGGAGUAACAGUGGUCAAUCUUACAUCCUUGACCCCACUCUGGACUAAAGUCCUUGACCUUACACAGGUCGUGUCUGUAUUUCCCGCCUACAACCUCUUCUCUCCGACUGUCGCUGACCUUGACAGUGAGGGUGGUACAUUGGAGAUUGUCAUGGGAACGUCUGCUGGCCGAGUCUAUGUGUUUGACCACCUGGGAGGUACAAGGAAGGGCUGGCCAAUGACAGUCAACAGUGUCCACGGUCAGAUCACAGUAGCUGAUAUCACUGGUGACGACAGAUUAGAUAUGGUUGUCGUGGAUACUGGUGGUAAUGUGCUGUGUUUCGGUGCUGAUGGAGACACCAUCUGGGAAGCUGAGAUAUCAGGGAAUUCAUCUCCUGGAAGUCGUUUGUACGACUUGAAUGAGGACUCUACCGUAGAUGUCAUCAUCACCACUAAUGAUGGAAAUAUUUUUGCUUUGGAUGGGAAGAAUGGAUCCAUUUUAUCAGGCUGGCCAAUCAGGACAGGACGGAAAUUAAAGGCUGAUGUGCUCAUAGCAAAACUGUCAACAAGGAUUAUUGCACCAGACUUGGUAUACCUAACAGAUGAUGGGUCGUUACAUAUCAUAUCAACCUCACUUGAGUGCAAGACUCAUUAUCCCCUUGGGGAAUCAUCAUUGGUGCAGAUAUUAUCACAUAAUCUGGUAGACAAAGCUGAAGGGGUAGAGCUUCUGAUUGCCACCAACGACGGGACUAUUUUAUGUCUUGGUUCAGAGAUUGAAGUGGAGGAUCCUUUUGCUGGAAUAGAUGAGGAAAAAACACGAGAAACUCACCUACUAUCUCUGCCGUCCAAUGUUAAAACACCAAAUGACUUUUCUUUUGCACAAAAUAAGCUUGGCGUAUACGUUACCUGGUUUACCAAGUCAGAAGGGGAGGUAACUGGCGGAAAAUUCACUGUACAAUUUGAAAUAAUCGACCCAACAGGCAACACAAACAACGUCUACAAAAUUAAGAUAUAUUAUGGCAGUAACUUACUGUUUUCUGAUGAAUAUAACCUACCUGGAGAAUACAGUGUGAUUGUUCCUGUAUGGGAGGAGCCAAGGCUUGGUCAUGUGACAGUGAUGAUGACCAAUCAGCAUGGUCAAAUUUUCCAGGAUUCCUAUCCAUUAAGAUUUAACACCCUUGUGAUGGAGGACCUACAGUGGUUGUUGAUGGCUCCAUUCAUUGCCAUGGUGGUUAUACUACUGGUGAUACACGGAUUUCCCGCCAAAGACUUACUUCCUUACACAAACCAGUCCAAGGGCAGCUGACACCUAGCAAUCUCUAGCCUUGGACUUCUCUUUUCUGUGUGUAGCUAAUGGAUCAUGAAAUGAUCUUCAGAUUGAAUGUAAACUUUGAUGUACUGGAGUGUAAGAAUCACCAUUAUUUUCUGAGUGAAUCCGAGUGAGGGGUUGUAUGUUUGAAUAUAUUUAUGGUUAUUAGAUAUGAUAGUUAUCAUCCUGAGAACAGUAUCCUGUAUGUAUGAAUAACUAUAGGUGUGUAUGUAACUUGUGUAACUUAAUGUGGGAUUCAAAACCAUUUCUUCUUUGAUAUAUGAAUGUUAAAUAAACCAGAAAUUAAUUGUACACUUGACACUAGUUGUCGUAACGAGAGCAGACAUACAGUUGACAUUAGUUAUCCUGACGAGACCAGAGAUACAGUUGACGUUAGUUAUCGUGACAAGAAUAGAGAUACAGUUGAUGUUAGUUAUUGUGACAAGAAUAGAGAUACAGUUGAUGUUAGUUAUCGUGACGAGAUCAGAGAUACAGUUGAUGUUAGUUAUUGUGACAAGAAUAGAGAUACAGUUGAUGUUAGUUAUCGUGACGAGACCAGAGAUACAGUUGAUGUUAGUUAUCGUGACGAGAAUAGAGAUACAGUUGACUUUAGUUAUCAUGACAAGAAUAGAGAUACAGUUGAUGUUAGUUAUUGUGACGAGACCAGAGAUACAGUUGACGCUAGUUAUCGUGACGAGAUCAGAGAUACAGUUGAUGUUAGUUAUUGUGACGAGACCAGAGAUACAGUUGAUGUUAGUUAUCGUGACGAGAACAGAGAUACAGUUGAUGUUAGUUAUCGUGACGAGAACAGAGAUACAGUUGACGUUAGUUAUUGUGACAAGAAUAGAGAUACAGUUGAUGUUAAUUAUCGUGACGAGACCAGAGAUACAGUUGAUGUUAGUUAUCGUGACGAGAACAGAGAUACAGUUGACGUUAGUUAUCGUGACAAGAAUAGAGAUACAGUUGAUGUUAGUUAUCGUGACGAGACCAGAGAUACAGUUGACGUUAGUUAUCGUGACGACACUAGAGAUACAGUUGACGUUAGUUAUCGUGACGAGACUAGAGAUACAGUUGACGUUAGUUAUCGUGACAAGAUUAGAGAUACAGUUGAUGUUAGUUAUCGUGACGAGACUAGAGAUACAAUUGACGCUAGUUAUCGUGACGAGACCAGAGAUACAGUUGAUGUUAGUUAUCGUGACGAGACUAGAGAUACAGUUGAUGUUAGUUAUCGUGACGAGACCAGAGAUAUAGUUGAUGUUAGUUAUCGUGACGAGAAUAGAGAUACAGUUGACGUUAGUUAUCAUGACGAGAAUAGAGAUACAGUUGAUGUUAGUUAUCGUGACGAGACUAGAGAUACAGUUGACGCUAGUUAUCGUGACGAGACUAGAGAUACAGUUGACGCUAGUUAUUGUGACGAGACUAGAGAUACAGUUGACGUUAGUUAUCGUGACGAGAUCAGAGAUACAGUUGAUGUUAGUUAUCGUGACGAGAACAGAGAUACAGUUGAUGUUAGUUAUCGUGACAAGAAUAGAGAUACAGUUGAUGUUAGUUAUUGUGACGAGACCAGAGAUACAGUUGACGUUAGUUAUCGUGACGAGACCAGAGAUACAGUUGAUGUUAGUUAUCGUGACGAGACUAGAGAUACAGUUGACGCUAGUUAUCGUGACGAGACCAGAGAUACAGUUGAUGUUAGUUAUCGUGACGAGACCAGAGAUACAGUUGAUGUUAGUUAUCGUGACGAGACCAGAGAUACAGUUGACGUUAGUUAUCGUGACAAGAAUAGAGAUACAGUUGACGUUAGUUAUCGUGACAAGAAUAGAGAUACAGUUGAUGUUAGUUAUCGUGACGAGACCAGAGAUACAGUUGAUGUUAGUUAUCGUGACGAGACCAGAGAUACAGUUGACGUUAGUUAUCGUGACAAGAACAGAGAUACAGUUGACGCUAGUUAUCGUGACGAGACCAGAGAUACAGUUGAUGUUAGUUAUCGUGACGAGACCAGAGAUACAGUUGACGUUAGUUAUCGUGACAAGAAUAGAGAUACAGUUGACGCUAGUUAUCGUGACGAGACCAGAGAUACAGUUGAUGUUAGUUAUCGUGACGAGACCAGAGAUACAGUUGACGUUAGUUAUCGUGACAAGAAUAGAGAUACAGUUGACGUUAGUUAUCGUGACAAGAAUAGAGAUACAGUUGAUGUUAGUUAUCGUGACGAGACCAGAGAUACAGUUGACGUUAGUUAUCGUGACGAGACCAGAGAUACAGUUGAUGUUAGUUAUCGUGACGAGACCAGAGAUACAGUUGAUGUUAGUUAUCGUGACAAGAAUAGAGAUACAGUUGAUGUUAUUUAUCGUGACAAGACCAGAGAUACAAGUGACGUUAAUUAUCGUGACGAGACCAGAGAUACAGUUGACGUUAGUUAUCGUGACAAGAAUAGAGAUACAGUUGAUGUUAGUUAUCGUGACAAGAAUAGAGAUACAGUUGAUGUUAGUUAUCGUGACGAGACUAGAGAUACAGUUGAUGUUAGUUAUUGUGACGAGACCAGAGAUACAAGUGACGUUAAUUAUCGUGACGAGACCAGAGAUACAGUUGAUGUCGUGACAAGAAUAGAGAUACAGUUGAUGUUAGUUAUCGUGACAAGAAUAGAGAUACAGUUGAUGUUAGUUAUCGUGACAAGAAUAGAGAUACAGUUGAUGUUAGUUAUCGUGACGAGACUAGAGAUACAGUUGAUGUUAGUUAUCAUGACGAGACCAGAGAUACAAGUGACGUUAAUUAUCGUGACGAGACCAGAGAUACAGUUGAUGUCGUGACAAGAAUAGAGAUACAGUUGACGUUAGUUAUCGUGACAAGAAUAGAGAUACAGUUGAUGUUAGUUAUCGUGACAAGAAUAGAGAUACAGUUGAUGUUAGUUAUCGUGACGAGACUAGAGAUACAGUUGAUGUUAGUUAUCAUGACGAGACCAGAGAUACAAGUGACGUUAAUUAUCGUGACGAGACCAGAGAUACAAGUGACGUUAAUUAUCGUGACGAGAAUAGAGAUACAGUUGAUGUUAGUUAUCGUGACAAGAAUAGAGAUACAGUUGAUGUUAGUUAUCGUGACAAGAAUAGAGAUACAGUUGAUGUUAGUUAUCGUGACGAGAACAGAGAUACAGUUGAUGUUAAUUAUUGUGACGAGAGCAAAGAUACAGUUGAUGUUAGUUAUCAUGACGAGACCAGAGAUACAGUUGACGUUAGUUAUCAUGACGAGACCAGGGACUAAACUUUCACCCUCAUGGUCUCCAUUUUGUUGAGUGGACAGUAAUGUUACCAAACUUACACCCUCAUGGUCUCCAUUUUGUUAUGUGGACAGUAAUGUUACCAUACUGACAACCUCAUCAUCACCAUUUUGACGUACUGUUUAUUUUCUUGUGAUUGCUGUUGUUAUUGAUUCUAACGUUUUUUAAUAAAUCUUUUUUUUUUUUCUCUUUUAAUGAAAAGUUCUGUUUUAAAUUAUGCCAACCUCCACCACCCUCGGUGAUCGUGUGAAAUGUAUCAUUCUCUACAUCUGUAUGUCCAUUUGUCCAUCUGUCUUUCACAUCCCAUAUCUUCACUAUACCAGCCACCUCUGUCAGUACAUUUCAUAAAUAAUCUUUUUUUUCAGUUUCAUGUAAGGUUGGAAUAAUUGUUACUAUAGCUAAAACAUUUCCUCAUUGUUGGCUUAUUCAAAUUCAGAUGAAACCUUGAAUGAAUUCACAUUUAAACCAAAUAGAAGAAAUAAAUAAACACCAUGCAUAAAUAUCUACUGUUCCUUUAUUUACAAAUGACUCAUAUAUACAAGUAAGACACAGCCAUUGAUGAGCAUCAAAUAUUUGUUACUUGUAUAUAAUACUGAGUUUAAAAUCACUUCCAUUGGACACUGUCCCUCCUUUUACAGCAUACAGACACAUAAAGCACUAACAACUCUCCAGUCCUUACAUAUACCAAAUACUUAAGCGUUUUUAUCCAUCCUAAACUUGCAAUAGAUUUUAUGAAUUAGAAAUAAUGGUCAAUUUUAAGCAAAAACCAGAUUUUACAAUGUGUUCACAAUAAAAACACCUGGAUCAUUUUAAGCUACAUAAAGAUUUUUCAAUGUGUCGGUAUUUCAUUCCACUCAGAUUUUGUAAUUAUGAAAUUUUCCGGUAAGAUAACAUGCCAU